AUGGGAGAAAAAGUAGAGUAUCUAUGCGUCAUCUGCGAUGAUCUAGUUCCCCUCCCGGACUACUUGACCCACACCAAAUCUCAUCCAAAAUGCGCCUCUUGUUCGCUUCGAUUGUGCCCAAAUAUGGACAGUUGCGCAGUCGAAGAACCCGCCAGCAAGAAGUUCAGAGGCAACCAUGAGAAGAUUCUAAUGUGUCCGUUUCCCGACUGCUCUUCUCGCUUCGCCCUACCGAAUAAAUUCCAACGUCAUCAUUCGACCAAGCAUUCAACAGAAGCUGCUGAUAAGAAAACGCUCUCAUGCAGCGAGGAAAACUGCCCGUUCACCACGAUUCACAGGGAAAGUCUAACUAGACAUAUGCGCGAGCAGCACCGUUCGAAAAAGACACCGUUACUUUCUUGCGACAAAUGCGACUAUAAAACCCAGAGAAAAAGCAACAUGGAAAGACACAAAUCGGCGUAUCACAAAGCUGAAGAGGGCGAGGGUAGCAGCAGUUUCAUUUGCGACAUGUGCGGGAAGAAUUUCAAGUCGACCGCGACGCUCAAUAAUCAUAAUCUGAACUCGUGCAAGUUCAGAGUUGUUCCACCUGGAGAAACGCCGUUUUCUUGCGACUUUAAACUUGCGGAUGGAAAAACCUGCGGGAAAGUUGUCUCGUGCCCUCAGUCCCUGGCGAAGCACAAGGAGCGCCACAAAUCAUUCAAAUACCGCUGUAAUUUCUACGCCCAUUGCUUCAGAACCGACGACAAAGAAAAAGUGCAGCGGCACAACAAGAAGCACAUCGAAACUUGGGCGAAAGAGCCGCUCAAGUGCACCAACAAAGACUGCCCUUUUGGCGCGUCUUCGGCGCAGUCAAUCGCCAACCACAAGAAAAUUUGCGACAAGCGGCAGAUUCCGGAUCGGCAAUCUGUCAUUGUCCUCAACGACCGAUUUCAGAAAGAAGAAAUCAUCCACCCAAGCGUCAUUAUUCGAAGAAAGGAGUACGUGCCCGAUUAUUUGUCAGUUCAAAACUUUGACGAUCACUUUUCCGACUUCAACGCUCCCGGUUUAUUUGACCCACCUCCUGAGCGAGUGGAGCAUGUCAACGUCAUCGUCGAACCACCAACUGUGCAAGAUACUUUUUCCAACCCUUCUGUUAUUGUUUUCCACAAUAGAAAUUUCUGA